AAAACAAAUCAAAAACAAUACAGUAUUAACAAAAAUGAAAUCCACGCAAUACUUCUACCUGCUCAUCAUCAUCUUCUUCUUCCUUCUGAACUUGAUUCCAUCCCCUACAUCAGCAACCCAUGAUAACACCAACACCAACACCCACACAAGCAUACUUUUUACCACUUCAGGAAGAUUAAGUUACGCUUUCGACAUCUUCGCUGUUCCAACAACACACUCACCAACCAAAUCAAACGAACUCCAAUUAACUGACGGCAAUUCCAUUAACUUUAACGGCCAUUUCCCUGCGUCCCUACCACCUUCCCUAGUCUCGCACCUACCUGAUCAUUCCCUCAUCACCGAAAAGUUACCGUUUCAUCUUAUCUAUGUAACGGAACGGAACGGGACCCACCAUAUAUUUUACGACGCCGUUUUUCAUGGUACUUCUCAGAGCCCCGAAAGAAGAGCCAUACUUGAGUUGAGUGGGUCGACCCGAGUUCAGGUUCCAUUGGUGGGUGUUGAUCAGUCAGAUGGAAGGGUUUCUUUGAAAGAUAAACCUAGUUUAGCUGGGGAGUCUUUGAUAUACGUGUCAACUCAUGAGGACUCGGGUGUGCCCCGAAGGAGCUGGGCCGCGGUGUACUCGACCCACUUGGGUUCCGGGUCGACCCGGAGGUUGACCCCUAAAGGAGUAGCUGACUUUAGCCCAGCAGUAUCUCCAUCGGGCGUUUGGACAGCAGUUGCAUCGUACGGGAAGAAGGGUUGGAGUGGUGAGGUUCAAGAACUCGACACGGAUAUCUACGUGUUCAUGACUCGAAACGGGUCGGGUAGGGUUAAAGUGGUGGAGCAUGGUGGUUGGCCAAGUUGGGCUGAUGAUAACACGAUUUAUUUCCAUCGAAGGUGCGAUGAUGGGUGGUGGAGUGUGUUCAAGGCUGUACUUUCAGGUGAACGCGGUGUUGACUCAGUCUCUACCCAGCGAGUCACACCACCGGGUUUGCACGCGUUCACCCCAGCAGCUUCUACUGUUAACAAGAAUCUCAUUGCUGUGGCUACCAGAAGAGGAACUUCAGAGUAUCGACACAUCGAGUUAUUCGAUGUCGUUUCAAAGAAGUUUACAGAAAUAACCCGACCGGUGUCUCCUCAUGCACAUCAUCUGAACCCGUUCUUUUCGCCUGAUUCUUCAUGGGUCGGGUACCAUAAAUGUCGAGGCACAGGCAAUGGUAGAGGGAGUGAUACACUGUUACUCGAAAAUCUUCGAAACCCGAUACCUGGAAUCUCUUUAUUCCGGAUUGACGGGUCAUUUCCGUCAUUUUCACCAAGUGGUGAUCGGAUAGCUUAUGUGAGGUCACCUGGAUUAUAUGUGGUGAACUAUGACGGGUCGGGUCUUCGUCAAAUUUCAUCAAGAUCGGCUUUUUCCACAGCAUGGGAUCCAAAAAGAAAGGGAGUAAUUUACACUAGCUUUGGACCCAUAUUUGCUAGUGAAAGGACAGAAGUGGAUAUCAUGUCCAUUAAUGUAGAUGAUAAAGACCUGAGCUACAAACAAUUGACAAUAGGAGGGCAGAAUAACGCAUUUCCAUCACCCUCACCCGAUGGAAAAUGGAUCGUUUUCCGAUCAGGGCGAUCGGGUCACAAGAACUUGUACAUUAUGGAUGCUUUGGAAGGAGAGGCGGGUGGUCUUCGUCAAUUGACGGAGGGUCCAUGGACCGAUACCAUGUGUAAUUGGUCACCGGAUGGUGAAUGGAUCGCAUUUGCAUCGGACCGAGAAAACCCCGGAUCGGGUAGUUUCGAGAUGUAUAAGAUUCACCCAAACGGGAUGGGGCUGCGGAAGGUGAUCCAGAGUGGUACGGGUGGGCGGACUAACCACCCGUAUUUCAGCCCGGAUGGGAAGUAUAUAGUGUUUACUUCAGACUAUGCAGCGGUAUCAGCUGAGCCCAUCUCGAACCCUCAUCAUUAUCAGCCAUAUGGUGAUAUCUUUGUGAUCAAAUCAGACGGUUCAGAAAUUCGUAGAUUAACCCACAAUUCAUACGAGGAUGGGACCCCCGCAUGGGGCCCCACUUUCAUAAAACCUGUGGAUGUGGAAUUGCCUAAUGGUGGACAUCCCUGUUCUUUUGAAGAUUGUCACUGGCUGAGUGUUAGACCUAAUGUCAGUGUAAUGGAUGCAUCUUUUGGAUUGGGUUCAGCCAAGAUUGAGUGUGCUCAGUGAGCUUCGCUUUUGUGGCUUGUAUUUGUGUGUUAUAUGUAAAAUAUAGAAUAACUACGUAUCUGUUGAUAUAACUUAACGUCUAUAUUUUGAGUGUA